GGGACGGCCUUUCAUCUAACUCCCAACAGUCAGUUUGUGGGUGACUGGAAAACACAAGGCGAACAUGGUGUCCCGGCCGUUUGUCAUUUCGCCAUUCCGCGUCGCUCAACAACACGUCUGAGCCGAAUUUACAGCAAGAGCCAUCAGUAACUGGAAAGAGAGAAGAAGAAAAAAAGAAAGAAAAAAUGGAUAUUAUGACAGCUUCCAGGUGGGAUGAUCCCGUCGUCCGCACCCUGAAGCCACUACCGCAAAACCACCGCAACGGGCUGAUAGCCGUCGUCGUCGUGUCGGGUGCGUCGCUCGUCAGCGUGUUGGUGCUGUUUCUCCACCUCACUAUCAAGCUCGUACGCUGGCACGUCAAGUCGUGGCGGCAGAGGCGAGCAAAUCCUCGGGCGGGCCGCAGACCGUCGACGAUAGACUUUAGCCUCGGUCUGUCCGCCGAACACUUUUAUUCCUGGCGUCAAGGAGGAGGCGCCACGGGCCCAGAGAGACCGCGACGGCGGCAAUCGACAGCAGCAACGGCAGCACCGCAGGCGCAAGAGCCAAACCAGUUCGUCGUGCUGCUGUACAACCUCCUCCUGGCGGACCUGCACCAGAGCGUCGCCUUUGUGAUGAGCGUGGUGUGGCUGCGCGAGGACGCGGUGCUCGUGGGGUCGCCGACGUGCUGGGCGCAGGGGUUCUUUAUAUCCAACGGGGACCUCGCCGUCAGCCUGUUCAUCACGGCGAUAGCGGUGCACACGUACCUCGUGGUGAUUCACGGCUGGAGGCCGACGCAAAGGGCCUUAAUCAUGAGCUGCGUCUGCCUGUGGAUGUUUACUUAUUUGAUGGCGGCGAUAGGCAUCCUAGGUACCGCGAAUGGGUCUCAGGUUGGGGGGUUUUAUGUGCGGGCUGCGGCGUGGUGCUGGGUCAACAAUCGCCUCGAAACCGUGCGUCUAAUGACACACUACAUCUACAUCUUCUUCUCACUCGCCAUCACCUGCGGCUUCUACAUUGCAAUCGUCGUACAUUUGUACUGGCGAAAACGUCUGCAACGAGGCUUUUUUAGCAGCAACAGCGUCGAGAGCCUGCCCUCGCCGGACAAACUGGCCGAAGCGGGAGCAUCAACGUCGACAACCUCGUCGUCGUCGUCACCGUCGUCGGCAGCACCCACCUCGCCCAACUCGGCCUUCCUCGUCUACCCACUAAUCUACGUCCUGUGCACGUCGCCGCUGGCCAUCGGGCGCGUGUGGACCAUGUCGGGCCACCGGGCGUCGAUCCCCUACUUUUGCGCCGCGGGGGCGCUCAUCUCGGCCAACGGGCUGCUCGACGUCCUGAUCUGGGGCUGCACGCGGCGCGACGUGGUGUUCGGCGACGUGGACGAGACGGCCGACCAGCUGGGUCUGGACUCGUUUACGUUUAUGCGCACGCCGCGCGACCGCAAGUACGGCAACAUAAUCGUCGUCGAGGGCGCCAUGGGCCGCCAGCAGCAGCAACAGCAGCAACAGCAACAACAACAGCAACCGACUUUGACGGGUGACACGCCGCGAAAGCCGGGGAGGAGCAGGACAAGGGCGGCCGAGGCGGUGGCGGGUGCGAGGUCGCUGUCGAGGGGUCGGUACGGAGCGCGCAAGGGGAGAAAGGCGGUCGACAGCAGCCAAGAGUGUCUGCGCGGGGGGAUAACGAUGGAGACGGUGACCACGGUGGUGGUGGAGGAAGACUUGGAUGCGAGGGCGGGGCUUUUUGUGAGGCCCGAGGAUUAUAUUGCAACGACGGGUUCGGCACCGCCCGAUUUCCAAACGGGGUUCGGAUCCCAAGACGAGUCUGAGACGGAUUUCUGGGCUGGUCUGGGAGACAUGGGACGGUCCAAGGAUUCGAGAGGUCAGAGUGAUACAGAGUUGCACAGCGCGACGAGCACGCUUAAAAGAAUCUAGUCGGACGACUCUUUCGGCCGUUUUUUUUUUGGCGACAUGCCAAGAUAUAAAUAAUAACCAAUCUGAUGUUACUUUCGACCCAUUUGUCUACAGUUGCGGCAUCGUCAUGGAACGAGCCAUACCGGCCCCCCG